AUGAGCGGCCGCACCGAGACUGGGCCUCCCAACAAGCCCAACCUCCGCGUUACCAUCAUCGCCGCCGAUGGUCUCUACAAGAGAGAUGUCUUCCGCCUGCCCGAUCCCUUCGCCGUCGCGACCAUCAAUGGCGAGCAGACCAAGACGACAACUGUUAGCAAACGGACGCUGAAUCCAUACUGGAACGAAAACUUCGACUUUCGGGUCAAUGAAGACAGCAUUUUGGCAGUUCAAGUCUUCGACCAAAAGAAGUUCAAGAAGAAGGACCAGGGUUUCUUGGGCGUCAUCAAUGUUCGAGUUGGAGACGUCAUGCACACCCUCGGCCUUGAUGCCGAUGACCAGAUGCUCACGCGCGAUCUCAAGAAGUCGACCGAUAACCUUGUCGUCCAUGGAAAGCUCAUCAUUAACCUGUCGUGCAAUCUCUCUACCCCAGCACGCGGGGGCCAGCCAUCUAGCGGUCGGCCGGCUGUCAACGCUCCUGGCGCUACAAGCAUGCCCUCACUCGCGGCACCGGCGGCCGACAACCGUCCUGGGUCGUCCACUGCCGGCUCCACGCCUAACCCUUCGGCGUCCAACGCCGGUCAGUCGCGGCCCAUCAGCCAGCUUAGCCCCUUUGAGGACAACCAAGGCCGCCUGCCAGCUGGCUGGGAGCGUCGUGAAGACAACCUCGGAAGGACAUACUACGUUGAUCAUAACACCCGCACCACCAGCUGGAAUCGGCCAACAGCCAACGACCGGACCGGCACCAGUUCGCCGACUCUACAGCAGCAGGGACAGCCGCCGGCGGGUGGAGGCAGUCCCACCGCCGGCAACGCUAGCGCCGGCAAUGCCAACAGCAAUUCCACGAUGAUGCAUACCGGCGCAACCAGCCCUGGCACCGGCGAGCUUCCUCCCGGUUGGGAACAGCGAUGGACCCCGGAAGGGAGGCCCUACUUUGUCGAUCACAACACUCGAACCACUACCUGGGUCGACCCCCGCCGCCAGCAAUACAUCCGCAUCGGCUGGGAAAUGCGCCUGACAAACACGGCUCGGGUCUACUUUGUGGACCACAACACAAAGACCACCACAUGGGACGACCCACGCCUGCCGUCCUCCUUGGACCAGAAUGUCCCUCAGUACAAGCGAGACUUUAGGCGCAAACUCAUAUAUUUCCGAUCCCAGCCGGCGAUGCGCAUCCUGAGUGGGCAGUGUCACAUCAAGGUCAGGCGAUCGCACAUAUUCGAGGAUUCCUUUGCCGAAAUCACCCGCCAGUCCCCCAUGGACUUGAAGAAGCGCCUGAUGAUAAAGUUUGAUGGCGAGGACGGUUUGGACUACGGCGGUCUAUCCCGAGAGUUCUUCUUCCUCCUCUCCCACGAGAUGUUCAACCCAUUUUACUGCCUGUUCGAGUAUUCUGCCCACGACAACUACACGCUUCAGAUCAACCCUCAUUCUGGCAUCAACCCGGAGCAUCUGAAUUACUUCAAGUUUAUCGGACGCGUCGUUGGCUUGGCCAUAUUUCAUCGGCGCUUCCUCGAUGCCUUCUUCAUCGGAGCCCUAUACAAGAUGGUGUUGGGUAAAUCCGUGGCCCUGGCUGACAUGGAGGGAGUCGACGCCGACUUCCACCGCUCGCUUCAGUGGAUGCUCGACAACGACAUUUCGGGUGGGAUUUUGGAACAGACCUUCUCCACCGAGGACGAGCGGUUCGGAGUCAUGACAACAGAAGACCUCAUCCCCAACGGUCGAAAUAUCGAUGUGACCAACGAAAACAAGAAGGAAUACGUCGAUCUCAUGGUCAAGUGGCGCAUCGAGAAGCGUAUUGCGGAGCAGUUCCAAGCCUUCAAGGAGGGCUUCCACGAGCUUAUUCCUCAGGACCUCAUCAAUGUCUUUGAUGAGCGGGAGCUUGAGCUGCUCAUUGGAGGCAUUGCGGAAAUUGAUGUGGAUGAUUGGAAGAAGCAUACCGACUAUCGUGGGUAUACCGAGUCGGACGAAGUCAUCCAAAACUUCUGGCAGACGGUCCGCUCAUGGGACGGAGAGCAAAAGUCGCGACUGCUGCAGUUCACAACGGGAACAUCACGAAUCCCGGUGAAUGGUUUCAAGGAUCUGCAGGGCAGCGACGGGCCGAGGCGGUUCACCAUUGAAAAGGCCGGCGAGAUCACCAACUUGCCAAAGGCUCACACAUGUUUCAACCGCAUCGAUCUGCCCUCAUACAAGAACAUGGAGACUCUGCAACAGAAGCUCACGAUAGCCGUGGAAGAGACCAUGGGUUUCGGGCAGGAGUAG